AUCUAUCACAUCGAGAAUCAUUAAGCAUUAGACUAACCUGUUGUUGUUGUGCUGUAGUUUGUCUUGUGUUGCUCUGAAGCUAAGCAGCAGCUUCACUUGAAGCAGGAACCAUGGUGCUCAGGUGGAUGAUCCUGGUCUUUGGUCUGGGACUGACGGUGGCGAAGCUCACAGGUGACGCAGAGAUCGAUGUAGAUGAGGGGCAUGACUGGGACAUCUUUGACAUCAAUGAGGCUGCAGGGCUGGAUCUGCUGGAAGGAGAUAUCCAACAUCCCAAGACGAUUGACAGAAACUCCAUCAUAGGGGAUGAGUAUCGCUGGCCAACAACUGUUCCAUACUACCUGGAAGACAGUCUUGAAAUGAAUGCAAAGGGAGUGGUCCUGAAGGCGUUUGAUCAGUACAGACUGAAGACUUGUAUCGACUUCACUCCGUGGAAGGGAGAAGAGAACUACAUAUCUGUGUUCAAAGGCAGUGGAUGCUACUCCUCUGUAGGAAACAGGCAUGUGGGAAAGCAAGAGCUGUCCAUCGGCAGCAACUGCGACAGCCUGGGAACCGUUGAGCACGAGUUCCUCCAUGCUCUCGGCUUUUGGCACGAGCAGUCCAGGGCUGAUCGGGACGACUACGUCAACAUCAUGUGGGAUCAAAUUGAAUCUGGAAAAGAGCACAACUUCAACACGUACGACGACACAGUUUCCAGCUCCCUUGGGGUUCCUUAUGACUAUAGCUCUGUGAUGCACUACAGUAAGACGUCCUUCAGCACAGGCUCUGAGCCCACCAUCGUCACCAAGAUUCCCUAUUUUAUGGAUAUAAUUGGCCAGAGGAUGGGCUUCAGUGAAAACGACCUGACCAAGCUCAACCGCCUCUACAACUGCACAACAUCCUCCACAUUUGUGGACAGCUGUAACUUUGAAGAGGAGAACAUCUGUGGGAUGAUUCAGGGUUCCAAUCAGUGGGAGUGGAAGCGGCACAGAUCUGUUGAUGGAGGACCUCAGACUGACUCCACCAACAGAGGCGAAUGUGAAGGAAAAGGAUUCUUCAUGCAUCUGAGCACAGGCUCUGCUCAGCCUGGAGAACGUGCUUCUCUGGAGAGUCGCUGGUUUUACCCCAAAUCUGGACCCCAGUGUCUGCAGUUCUUCUUGCACAACAGUGCAGCACCUGAUGAUGUUCUUAACAUUUGGGUGAACGAGUUUGGGGAGGAAAUGAAGCUGUUCAAGAGCAUUUCAGGGGGCGCCAUGGGCUCCUGGGAGCUUCACAAUAUUGACUUGGAAGUGACCAAAAAGGCCCGAGUGGUGUUCGAGGGUGUGAGGGGGAACAGCCCAUCGAGUGGUGGUUUCUCUGUGGAUGACAUUAACUUGUCCUCCGCAAAGUGUCCUCAGCACAUCUGGCACGUCCACAACAUCACAAGCCUGCUGGCCUCCACCCCCGCAGGGCAGAAGAUCUACAGCCCUCGCUUUCUGUCUCCUUCUGGAUACUCCUUUCAGAUAGGUGUGUACCUGAAUGGAAUAAGCACCCGCCCAGGGUACAUGGCCAUGUACUUCCACCUGACCUCAGGCCCCAAUGACCCUAACCUGAAGUGGCCAUGCCCGUGGCAGCAGGCCACUAUGGUCCUGAUGGACCAGCAGUCCGACAUCAGGCAACAAAUGAACAUGCAUCGCAUGAUCACUACUGACCCCAACAAGCUGUCCUCUGAUGGAACAGAGUUUUUCUGGGACGAUCCAACCAAAGUGGGAUCAAAAGUAACUGCAGCUGAUGGGAGCUUUUACUACCGGGGUCCAGGCUACGGAACAAGCACCUUCAUUACUCACAGCAGACUGCAGAGCAGGAAGUUCAUCAAAGGAGAUGACGCCUUCUUCCUCGUCAGCCUGGAUGAUAUCUCACACCUGUUGGACAAUCAGCCUCCAGCCCGGUUUGCAGCGCGGGCUGCUGGUCCUCUGCCGGCGGAUGAUGCCCAGUCUUACCCCCUCACUGCUGUCACGGCCGUGGCAGCCAUUAUGGCAGGAACCGUUCUGGUGGUUUCCUUGAUUUUUGUAGGAAAUGCCAGGAGGCUGAGGAGGGGGAGGAGUCAGGGAAGCAUGGAGGGCGUGGUCAUCCAGAACACUGAUGGAUUCACAGAUGAGAGAAGAAGCAGUGUUUUACCAGCUCCACUCUCUGCUCCAUGAUGGUGCUUCAAUCGCUUCAGUGACGCACGCUCAGAAGGAUUUGAAUUAUUUCAGGAAGAAUCUAAAUGUGACUGUUUUCAUCAAGAUUCUGAAAAUAAAGACAUUUGUUUUACCUUCAUCAACUAAACUGUUUUCUAUAGACAACAAAAAUACAAAAAUAAAUGUUAAAAUAUAUUAAAAGUUGAUAAAGAAAAAGCUUUUCAAGAAAUUUCUGAUGCAUUUUGUUCAAUUGUGAAUUUUAAGAUGCAAGAAUUAAAGGGGUUUAAACGUG